UACCACGCUUCCAACGUUUCCAACCCUCUCCAGCAAUUCCCCUGCUGCUCAUCGCAAUGGCACCGUACAGCAAAGACUAGGUGUCACCAAAUCAAUGUCGAGGCCGGCAGCUAUGAGCCCAAGCGUGCAGCGAGCGCCCUCGACCUCAGCAUCUUCACGCCGCUCAUCGUCUCGCCAUGCUGCAGAGUCGAGGCCAGUCAUCAACUCUCGCCUCAUCACCCUCUGGACCCAUGAGCCUCCCAACUUUAGCUCACAUGAGAUUGUCCUCAGCCCUGAGCUUCUCGCACAUUUUGGCGUUGUAGGCGAGAAUGAUCUCCUCGAAGUCACCUUUCCUCCUUCCGUCGAGCCAACCUGGCCUACCGAUUCCAAUGGCCGCAAGCGCAGGCAUGGCCACUUCGCGCAUCGGUCCUUUGUAUUUCGAGCCAGUCAAGGCAUCCACGACUCGUCAGAGGCAGUCUCGCGCUCUGGCCAGCUACAGCUCUCCCUCGCCCGCUCCAUCGCUUCAGUCUACGGCUUCCACAAUCGCCAAGAGGUGCUGCUGAGCAAGGUCAGCCGCGAGGACAAUGUCAUCUCUCACGUCGAGCUCUACUUUCGCGACCAGUAUGUCGGCAGAGCAGAUAUGUGGCGCCUUACUACGCUACUUGACGAUACCUGCGUCUACGUGGGCCAGAAGAUUGCGCUGGCUGGCAGCGUGAGAGCUACCGUCGGUCGCAUCUUCAUUCGCGAGCACAAGGUCACGUCCGGCUACGUGGCUCCGCAGACCAAGGCCAUCUUUCGCAGCGAGUCGGCCAAAUACCACCUCUUUUUCCAAUUCGCAAAGGAAAUGUGGGACUUUGACGAAGAUGGAGAGCUCUACUACGAAAAGGCGCUCACGGGCUUCAUACCAGAAUUGCUUCGUCGAUGGAGGAGCGUACCGACGAAUCACGUACUCAGCAUCAUCCUCUUUGCCCGCGUGUACUACGAUGAGGACGAGCUGCACAUGCUCGAUGAAGCCGCUUUACCUGUGCAGAGGGAGCGGUGCGAGAACGGAAGGUGGUACAUAGACUACUAUAAGGUCAUCGUAGAUCUCGAAUCUCGCACAGACUGGAAAGAGGUCAUCUCGAUGCUCAAGGAGGAAUGCUUCCGCUUCCAACACGACAUUCUCCUCAUCGGUCGCCCAGAGGCAGGUCCUGCAGGCGCACCAGAGCAGGAGGAACAACAUGCGGACCUCUUGCGCAGAGAUCGAGCCCUCCUCGCUGGCAAACUUUCCGCUUCGCACGAGGGCAAUAUCCUCGAAGCUGUCAACCUCGCGCUCAAUCCAUUCGAUGAGCACUUUAUCGAUCGCGAUCUCAAUCGUACCGGGCUGGAUCUCGUCAUCCUCACGGCAGGUACGGGCCACUUUCGCGUCGAGAAGAAUCUGUUGCGCUUGACUACGGAAAGGAUGAGCGACAAUGGUAUCGGGCUGGACCUCGUAUGUCUUACGAAGAUGCCGCUGCAUUCGGUGCCACUCUUUCGUUUCUCGAGCACUGUGCCGCCCUUGUCAUCCGGUGUGCCCAAGCGCACGCCAUCACGCAGCGCUGCGCCCACCGCAUCCUCCUCGGCAGCGCCUCCGGACCCGCUCUACGUAGAUGGCGGCACAGGACCGCUUGCAGACUUCUACUCCAUCCCACACUGGAUCGACGCCUCCUUCUACAACUUGCAGCAAGACCAGCCAUUCCGAGCUGAUCGCUUUGUGCCACGCGUCAAGAUGAGAGAGGUCCAGCAGAUUGGCUAUAUGGAGAACGAGAUCAGCGACAUUUCCCUGCCGUACUUGGAAGUUGGCAAGGCAGCAGGCGGAGCGCCACCGGGCAGUCUCGACGACUUGGCUUCACGCGAGCAGCGACGGGCGCUGCGAGAGCGCUUCGACCGCGAGACGUUUAGAGAUCUGGAAAAGACGCCCAGGCGACCGACUACGACGCCCAAUCGGAGCGUUGGCAGCAUCGACAGCCCGCGCAGCGCUGGUGCAGAGCUGCUGUCCAAGACGCCCAAGACGCCGCGCUUUGCCCGGGCGGGUAGACGGCCAGCACUCGAGUCACAUCCAGAAGAUGGGGAGCAUGGCGAGGAUGUGGUUCGCUCUCGCCCGACAAGCGUGGUGGUGUCGGGCUCGCCCAGCAUGAUGUCGCCGAGCAGUUCCUUUUCGUCUCUGAGACCUGCUUCGAUCCGCAGCGUGUCGACGCUCAAUCGUCCAUUGCGGCCGUUGCAGCCUGUGGGCAAGGCAGAAGCUUGGGUUGCUCCCAUGGAGACAAGCGCGGCGGGCAUACACGCCCCCGCAACGAUGGCCUCUUCUUCACUGACUCGCUCUCGUAGCUACAAGCUCGACGCGAGGUGGUUAUGGAACUCGUUGAAGGGAGGCAAGCAGGAGGAGCGAGAGGGAAGUGAGCCGCUUCAGCGUGAACGACCGCCUCAGAUGACUACGUCAGGGUCCGCAGCCUCGCUCCGUAUCCAAGCGCUGCUGAAGCGAUCUGAGUCGCCCAGCCGGUCUUUGGGCCGCGACCACGCCCCGGCGCCUAUCUCAAUCCCAUCCCACGCCAGCAGCACCAGCAGCAACAACAACAACGGCAGCGGGCCUAGCAACACGAGUGGCAGUGGCAAAGAGGGUGACUCGAAUGCACAAGGCGGCGGUGGUAGCGGGAGUGGAGGCGUCGGCUUGGGCGAAGACAAAGCAUCCUCGCACGACUCGCCCGAAGACGAAGAGAGUCGCGCGGCUCGCUACGCCCAGCGCGCCAAGGUGGAGAAGCAGACGCUUGUGAAUCCCUCCAACCCACGCAAGGCUCUAUCGGCCUCCAGCCAACUCCUGAGAUGGCAACACCUCUUCCCACGUCGUCUCAAUCGGCAUGUAGUCAAGUGGCGCUCUAUCACCACUCCGGCCUGCCUACCACUCACAACGCUCUACUUGCCGACGCAACAUGAUCUGGCCGAAAAUUGGGCAGAGUAUCCGCAUAUCCUCUCGAUCUCGUCGGAUCUGGGAAGUUUCCUCGUCAAACGAUCUUCGUCUACCUCACCCGCGCUGGCGGCGCUCAAGGAGAUGACGUCGCAGCGACUGGCGCAGGGGUUCCAGUUCAUUGUACCUGCGGAGAGAUCGUCACAGAGGAGGAGUUCGCCAUUCAGGUUGCGCCACCCGAGCGAGCUUUUCCAGCCUGGGACCUUGACGUCGGGAAACCCAAUUGUGCUGGGUAUGUCGAAUCAAGUCCACCGCCUGACCUACGACCGCGGUGCCGGCGCCAUCAAUGUGGAGCGCUAUAUUCGCAACAAGACGUACGACCUCACGCCCAUCGAAUACAGCUGCUGUGUUUGGCCGCGUCAUCUGCCGGGGUAUCAGACUGUCAAAGCUACCUUUCGAUACCCAGACUACAGGUCGUACGAUUGGACGUAUCUCGAUUCGCUGGUCACGGGCCACGCUGAAGAGCAGACAUUCACCGAAGGGCUCCGCUACUGGCGAACGCGCUUUGUUAUAGUGCCUACGGGCGAUCGUCCGCCCCCAAUGACGGCCACGACGGGCGAGCAGCUGGACGAUGAGGAGAUUCGGCUUAUUGGUAUGGAUCGAUUGGGCGACCUGUUUGCUCGGGCCAGGUGGCGUGGUGCGCGCGGCACGAGCUCCUCGUCGAGCACCGCCGCCCCACUGCGCUUCAUUCCCACUUCACUGGACCCGUCGCAAUGCGUGCACGACGCCGAGUUUAUGCGUCAGGCCGCCGCCAUGGCCGAGGAUGUGCGGGUCGCGAGCGCGAAGCGGCUACUCUCCGAGACGUCGAACGAGGGCAUCGCCGAGGGUAUCGCGACGGGCGUGCCCAUCGAGGAUCGAUUCUGGCAUCGUCACUCCUUCCAGCAAGUCUUCACGGGGGCUGAGCUGACUACGUGGCUCGUUGGAGAGUUCAAGGACGUCAAGACGCGUGAUGAGGCCGUCGAGGUUGGGGAGAAGCUGCGGAAGCAGGGCGUUUUUGAGCAUGUGUUCAACUCUCACGGCUUCUUGGACGGGCAUUACUUUUACUACCUGCGUGGGAGGAAGAGGGCGGCAGGCGCGGCGCCGCACCAGCAGAAGCGCAAGGCUGCCUCACGAGCUCCGCGCUUGUUGAUGUCACGGUCGGCUAUCAUCGAUGUGGACCCGGCACGCAAGUCGGAUCGAGCAGAGACUGCCUUUCUCCACUACGACGUCUCGCACAACCCCGCGAAUGGAUUCAAUGCCCAACUGCACUGGCUGGGCACGACCGCCCGCUUCAUUGAGGAUACGGUGCAAAAUUGGACACGCACCCUGGAGCGCUAUGGUCUGCGUCUGAUCGAAGCGCCCAUCGGCCAGAUCUGCGACGUUGGGCAGCACAAUCCCUUUCAAGCUCCUGUGCCGAUCCAUCUUGCCCUCCCUCCACCAGCGGCAGCGUCGUACGCUCACUUCCUGCCGCCUUUCACGCACGCGGCAGACUACUUUGAGUGGGCAUUGCUAAAGCGCUUUGGCUUCGUGCUCGAUCAGGAGGCGGCGGGGCGCUAUCCGCAGGAUGUCGAGUUCAUCUACCAGUCGAGGCCGAGUCGCUUCGAGUACAGUCAGUUUGUGCAUCGCACGGGCAUCGCCUUUGUGCAGGUUGUGGGUGGGGCGCAGGGCUUCUUGUGGUUGAACAAUCGGCUCUUCAACUCGCAUUUGGGCGUUGGAGGGGGGAGUGGUGGCAGGCAGAGGCGGGGCGGUGGCGGCGGCGGCGGCGGCAGCGCAGCCGUGGAGAUACCCGAUGCUGAUCGAGCAAGGAGGGAGUUUGAGGCAUUCUGUAGUGAUCCCGCUGCGCUACACGCCUUCUACCUCGAGGUGUUGGUGGGCUUGCAGGCUGCGAGUACCGCGGGCGGCGCGGGCGGCGCGGGCGGGGCGCAACACGCAGUGACGGAGUGACUGCAAUGCAAGAGCAUACCAUGUCGAACGUUGUGAUGGG